AUGUUGCCCACUUUGGCGUUACCGUUGUUCCUUUUCAGCCAGCUCGCUUCGGCGGCGGCACCAUACAGUGAGUAUAUCUUAGCCCCGUCCUCGAGGACGGUCUACCCAGCCUCGGUGUACCGCGUCAACGGCACCAUUUCCAACGCCCAGUCUCUCGUCGACACACCUUCAAAUGCAACUGCGAUCUUGCGAGGGAACUCUACCAUCACCUUCGAUUAUGGCAAAAACAUUGCAGGAAUAGUGAGCGUCACCGUCGGUUCGUCUUCGUCCCCGGACGCAGUAUUGGCUCUUACUUUCACGGAAUCGAGUCUAUGGAUCAACGGAAAGGCAAGCGACGGCACUGCAGAUGCUGGCUUGGACACGCCUCUUUACUUGUCUGUGGGAGCCGGUCCGGGUACGUAUACGGUCGACGACCAGUAUGAGAGGGGUGGUUUCAGAUACCUGAGUUUGGUGAGCAACUCGACUGGCACGAUCGAGGUCAAAAGCGUCGUCGUCGACUAUAGGGCAGCUCCAGCACAGGAGGAUUUGACUUCCUACACCGGAUAUUUCCACAGUAAUGAUGAACUACUGAACCGGAUCUGGUAUGCUGGCGCCUAUACAUGCCAACUUUGCAGUAUUGACCCUACUCAUGGCGACACGCUCGUCUGGCUCAGGGUCAUCAACAGCACUCAAGUCAUUGAGCUGCCGGAAACAGUCGGGUGGUGGAGUAACUACACCAUCACCGGAGGUAAAACUGCCCUCGUCGACGGCGCUAAGCGAGACCGUCUCGUAUGGCCAGGUGACCUUGUCGUCGCGGCGCCGAGUAUCUUCGUCAGCACCGGCGACAUGGAUUCUAUUCGCAACGGACUCGACUCCCUCCUCAGCCUCCAGAACUCAUCGGGCGCCUUACCUUACGCCGGAUCACCAUUUAUACAGGUCACGAAGCUCUACAGUUUCACCUAUCACCUGCACAAUCUCCUGGACAUCGCACUGUAUUACGAAUACACCAACGAUCUGACCUAUCUGCAGAGUGUUUGGGGCAACUUUACUCUGGGCCUGAAGUUCACGCUCAGCUACGUCGACGACACGGGCCUUCUGAACGUGGCGACGGAUGCGGACUGGCUUCGUAUUGGCAUGGGUGGACAUAACAUCGAAGCUAACGCUAUUCUCUACUAUACGCUGAACAAAGGCAUCGGUCUUGCCAACAUACUCAAUGACACAGCAUCUGCGUCGAAUUGGACCACUUAUGCUUCUGGCAUUAAAUUGGCGGCUAACAACCUGCUUUGGGACAAUUCUACCUCUCUCUACCGCGACAACGAGACCACCACUCUCCAUCCUCAAGAUGGAAAUGCGUGGGCCAUUGUCUCCAAUCUGACACUCUCCACCUCUCAGUCCCUUUCGAUUUCCGACGCCCUCCAAGCCCGUUGGGGGCCUUAUGGUGCUCCAGCGCCGGAGGCGGGAGGCUCCCCACAGACAGUCUCACCGUUCAUCGGAUACUUCGAGCUCAUGGCACAUUACAUGGCUGGAAAUGCCAGCGCUUCUCACGAGCUCAUGCGCACGGAGUGGGGUUUCAUGUUGGACGACCCGAGGAUGACGAACAGCACUUUCAUCGAGGGCUACAGUGCUGAUGGAAGCCUGCACUACGCCCCAUACACAAAUGACGCCAGGGUCAGUCACGCGCACGGCUGGUCCGCAGGGCCAACGAGCCUGUUGACAUUUUACACAGCUGGAUUGCGCAUUGAGUCUGCUGGUGGGGCAACGUGGACCAUCGCGCCAAGGUUGGGAGGUCUGAACAACGUGGAGGCUGGUUAUACUGCGCCUCUUGGUGCUUUCUCCGUCCAGGUCGAGGGUGACUCAAGCUCAGGAGCUGUGACGGCCUUGAAUUUCACCACACCUGCCGGUACGACGGGGACAGUCGAUCUGGGGUCGGGUGUAAGCGGGAGUCUGCAAGAUACCAGUGGAAACACUUUGACGUUGACGAACGGCCAGGCCACUGGCGUGAGUGGGGGAAGCUGGAAGCUUGUUACCAGCGGGCAAUAUGUCACCAGCGGGUCCAGGUCGCUGGGAAGUAACUGGCUUCUGUCAUCGUCACUGGCUGGCAUCUUGCUAUUCAUGUUUCUAGUGUAA